AUGGAGGCCAGGAAGAUAGUCGAAAAUGUCCAGUGCAUUAAUGGGGGCCUGACCUCAGUGGGCACCCUGCGACUGACCGAUUUCCACCUUGUCUUCUGCGCACCACCACCUCCUCCUCCCAAGGACCAAUCCAAGAACGAAGACAACAACAGCAGCCAGCCUCCUCCCAAACCCAGGGAAUCAUGGAUCACCUAUCCUAUUCUUUCGCACUGCACCCUCCGACUUAUGCCCCCAAACCACGGCAUCCACAGCUCCAUCCGCCUACGCUGUCGCGACUUCAUCUUCGUCACCUUUACGUUUGAAGACAACAACGUUGCCAGAGAUGUCUUUGAGUUUGUGAAGCUCAGGACCUGCAAGCUUGGCACUAUUGACCGCCUCUUUGCUUUCAGUCACAAGGGCUCCAGGGUGGAGAGACAAGUCAAUGGCUGGAAGAUUUAUGAUCCCAAGGCUGAGUUCCGUCGCCAAGGCAUCAGUGAGAAGUCGGCAGACAAGGGCUGGAGGAUCACCAACAUCAACAAGGAUUACUCCUUUUGCGAUACUUACCCUGCUACUCUGGUGGUUCCCUCCUCCAUCUCAGAUAAUGUCCUCAAGUACGCAAAGGAAUACCGGUCUCGACACCGAAUCCCAGUGCUUAGUUAUAUCCACCCAACCAACAACUGCACCAUCACCCGCAGCGCUCAGCCUCUGUCAGGUAUAACCAGAAAAAACAAUGUACAGGACGAGAAACUCGUCAUGGCUUCCUUCGCCCCGACCGUACCCCGGGCCAGCAUCGACAGAGACCAGCCCCCUCGCCGAAGCCAGUCGGACACGUCGGAGAAGAACUCGGUGGACGUCACAGAGCUCUCAGAGCAGGCAAGGCUGGAGGAGCAGGCUAUUGCGGAUGCAGAGCCCAAAAUGUACGACGAAAAGGGCAAGCGUCUGAUCUAUGGCGCCCAACAAGUCAACAUGAUUGUCGAUGCCAGACCUACUGUGAACGCCAUGGUCAAUCAAGUCCAAGGCAUGGGAUCUGAGCCCAUGGAUCGCUACCCCGGCGCCAAGAAGGCGUUCAUGAACAUUGAGAACAUCCACGUUAUGAGAAGCUCGUUGGCCAAGGUCGUGGAUUGCCUCAAGGACGCCGAUAUCUCCCCCUUGUCCCCAGACCAGAAUGCCCUGGCGUCGACCGGCUGGCUGAGACAUACGCAAGCCGUCUUGAACGGUGCCGAAAUCGUUGCCCGUCAAAUAUGGUUUAAUCACUCUCAUGUGCUGAUCCACUGCUCCGACGGCUGGGACCGAACUAGCCAGCUCAGCGCCCUCGCUCAAAUAAUGCUGGACCCCUACUUUCGAACCAUUGAGGGUUUCGUCGUUUUGGUCGAGAAGGAUUGGUUGUCGUUUGGCCAUAUGUUCAGGCUGCGGUCUGGCCACCUGAACCACGAAAGCUGGUUUGCUGUUCAGAAGGACGCGAUGGCUGGCUCGACCGUCCAGCCCGGUGAGAAUGACGGGCGCGACGACGCCUUCCAGAAUCUCUUCACCGGUGCCAGGCAGUUCUUCAACCCCACCAAGGAGGACCAGGCUGACCUUGAGGCUGUUGCCGAGGGCUCUACGGGAAAGGUCGCUAAAGACGAAGCUACCGUUCCGAAGAUGAUCAGUCCAGUCUUCCAUCAAUUCCUGGACUGUGUGUACCAGCUCCUCCGUCAGAACCCGACCAGGUUCGAGUUCAAUGAGCGUUUUCUUCGCCGCUUGAUGUACCACCUCUACUCCUGCCAGUACGGCACGUUCCUCUACAAUUCCGAAAAGCAGAGAACCGAGGCCAGAGCUGCUGAACGGACAGCUUCGGUCUGGGACUACUUUUUGCCCCGGAAAGCCGAGUUCACCAACAAAGACUACGACCCCACCAUCGACGAGUACGUCAAGGACCGUGGUCGUAUUAUCAAGCCGAACCUUGAUGACAUUCGCUGGUGGCAUCAGCUCUUCAACCGUACCGACGAGGAGAUGAACUCGCAGUUGAACGCUGUGGCGGCAGCUGCGGUGAACAGGGCCUCGGCGUUGGCCAACUUCCAACCGUCUACAGAGGAAUCCUACGCAGACAGCCAGCCUGGCACCCCGCCCCAGGGAACACUAAGCCCUAAACCGACACCUUCCCUAUCUACCAGCCAGUCUGUUUUGGCAGCUGUCGAGACAGCGCACACUACACUUACGCCUGAUCGACAAGAGCGACAAGCGCCGCCUUUGCACCGAAGUGUGUCGGCCGAAAACUCGAAUGCCUUCAGCGCUUUGAAGGAGGGCAUUGCCGGUCUGAACAUUGGCAAAAACGUCAGCGGCAUGCUCACCAACCUCGGCGGGCGCAACGCUAGCCCCGCGUCUGCUUCGAGGAUUACAAGCCGCAGCGAGCAAGAGCUCCGGGAGAUGACAUAG